UUAAAAAUUGAAGUGCAAUGAUAUAAAGCAGGGGGGGGGCUGAAACAGAGUUUGGGAAGUAAGCCAGGCAUUAGGAGUUGGGCAACAAACGGGGACAAGAGGGAGGCUAAUUUCAUAGCCCCCAACACCAAAAGGAAAACAGAGAAAAGAAGACUUUGUCAAAAGAUGACGUGACCAUCGUCCGUCCAUCCAUCCAUCCCCAUUCCUGAUUCCCUCCACCCCUCACUCCCACUACAUCAUCAACACAACACUUCCUAAUCUUCCAAACUCAUCGGAGAAUUCUCUUCUUUCCUUUUUUUCUUUUGGCAAAAAGAUAUACUUCUUCUUCUUCUUCCCUUUAAAUUUUUACAAAAUUCUCCCAAUUGGGCAUCUGGGUGUGGUUUUAUUUAAAAGGGGAUGGGGUUGGUAUCAGUUGUAAUUGGGGAAUCAUAAAUCAAUGUUGAGAUUCUGUGAGUGGUGGGGAUUUGAGUUCUCUCCGCUUUUGCUUUUUAUUAGAGUCUUAUGCUCUUAUUGACAGAGAAUCACCGCACUUAAUUAGUCAUUCAUAUAAAAAGGAAAGAAAAUAACAAGUGAUAAAUCGAUAAUCAAUAGUGAAAUAAUAGUUAAUAAUAAAAAAAAUAUUACUUAAAAAAUGGGGAAUGUGAAUGGAAGAGAAGAUGGGAGUAGCAGCACAUCAGGGGUUGAAGAAGAAGGAGGUAACAGUGUUCACGAAGCCAUGGCUGCACCCAUGGGUCACUCCCCUCCUCACAGCCCCACAGCCACCCACUCUCCUCUCAUGUUUACUCCUCAGGUUCCCAUUGUUCCUUUACAAAGACCUGACGAAAUACACACACCAAGCCAAUCAUGGUUGCAGGCGACAAUAGGAUAUGAGGAUAACUGCACUGAGAAGGGAAUUCCAACAAUGAUUACGUGGGCCUAUGGUGGCAAAGAAGUAGCUGUGGAGGGGUCAUGGGAUAAUUGGAAGACAAGAAUUCCUUUGCAGAGAUGCGGAAAAGACUUCACUAUUAUGAAAGUAUUACCGUCAGGUGUUUACCAGUAUAGGUUCAUUGUUGAUGGACAAUGGAGGUAUGCUCCUGACUUGCCAUGGGCACAAGAUGAUGUGGGUAAUGCUAACAACAUUUUGGACUUGCAGGAUUAUGUCCCAGAAGAUCUUGAAAGCAUAUCAAGUUUUGAACCUCCUCAGUCUCCAGAGUCCAGCUAUAGUAACUUGCCACUUGGAACUGAAGAUUUUGCUAAGGAGCCACCGCUAGUUCCUCCGCACCUACAACUGCCACUGCUUAAUCUGCCUGCAUCUCACAUGGAGAUUCCACCUCCUACGUCAAGACCUAAACAUGUAAUUCUGAAUCAUCUUUACAUUCAAAAGGGGAAGAUUGGCCAACCUGUGGUGGCACUUGGUUCAACUCAUCGAUUUUUGGCCAAGUAUGUGACCGUGGUGCUCUACAAGCCUGUGCAGCGGUAGUCUUAGAUGGCGAUGACUAUGUGGACCUUGAAGUCUCCAUUGAGCAUAUGUGGUUAAUAUAAUUAUCACGGUGUAGAUGUUGUGCCGAUGACUUUCAGUAGCUUAGGAAGGUGUCACCAUGUGAAAACUUGAAAGAUAUUCUAUUUUUAUCCAAGGAAAUAUUUUGUGAUCA